ACAAAACUUUGAACGCCUCCCUCAGAUAUUGCUCAGGUAUCUUUACGUGUCCAGAAAAUUCUCUCUCCUACAAAUGCAGCUGCUUGCUGGUAUGAUCUCCAACAGCACUCUCAUGGCUCCUUGGGUCCAAGAGCUCCAUUUCAAUCACCUAAGCAUCCCCAUAACCAUUAACAAUUUGGUUCCUAUCAUGCCAGCUGGACCUAUACCAGCUGGCUCAGGUGACAGCCUUUAUCUCUCAAACCUCGAUGAUAUGAUUGGAGCUCGUGUUUUCACCCCGACAAUAUAUUUCUAUAAAGCAGAUUACUUGAAUUCUGCUAAAACCCCUGUCAUGAAAACAUUAUGUGAUGCUUUAGCUUGUGUUUUAGUUCCUUACUACCCUUUUUCUGGUAGGAUCAGAGAAACCAAGAAUGGGAAGUUAGAGGUGUUUUUUGGACCAGAACAAGGUGCGCUUAUGAUUGAGGCAUACUCGGAGAUGGCCUUAGCUGAACUGGGAGACCUCACAGUGCCAAACCCUGCGUGGUCACCAUUGAUCUACAGGUUCCCAAAUGAAGAACCUUACAAAAUUCUUGACAUGCCAUUGAUUAUUGGUCAGGUAACCCAAUUUAGUUGUGGUGGCUUUAGCCUGGGCUUAAGGCUCUGCCAUUGUAUCUGUGAUGGCAUUGGUGCCAUGCAGUUUCUUGGUGCAUGGGCAGCAACGGCAAGGACAGGCACCUUGGUGACAAAUCCUGAACCAUGUUGGGAUAGGGAACUUCUCCAACCUCGCAGCCCGCCAGUGGUAAAACAUUCACAUAUUGAGUUCAUGAGAGUAGACGAUGGCUCAACCCUAACAAUGUCUUUAUGGCAAGAAAAGCCUGUCCAGAAAUGUUAUCGAAUCAGCCGAGAGUUCCAAGCUCAACUGAAAGCUCAAGCUCAAGCUCAAUCAAAUGAAAAGUUUUCCUGCACUACAUUUGAUGUCAUGGCAGCCCAUAUUUGGAGGUCAUGGGUAAAAGCAUUGGAUGUAAAACCAAGAGAAUAUAAGCUUAGGCUAACAUUUUCUGUCAAUGCUCGCCAAAAGCUUAAAAACCCACCAUUAAAAGAUGGUUUCUAUGGCAAUGUGGUGUGUGUAGCAUGUGCAGUAAGCUCUGUUUAUGAGCUGGUUAAUGGGAGCCUUGCUGACACUACCCAUUUGGUACGCCAGGCUCGGAAUGGUAUCUCAGAGGAAUACCUGAGAUCAACAAUAGAUUUUGUGGAAGUGGACAGGCCAAGAAGGCUUGAAUUUGGCGGAAAAUUGACAAUAACACAGUGGACAAGAUUUUCCAUGUAUGAGUCUGCAGAUUUUGGGUGGGGAAGGCCAAUUUAUGCAGGUCCUAUAGACCUGACCCCAACGCCACAAGUCUGUGUAUUCCUGCCAGAAGGCGAAGCCGACUCUAGUGGGAGAAUGGUGUUCUGCAUUUGCCUGCCUGAGAAUGCUACCAGUAGAUUCACAGAAUACUUGUGUUCUGUGGUUUCAACUGAUGAAUAUGUUAAUAGGAAAAAGCUGCUAAAUUAAGGAGGCAAGUUAGGUAAUGCAGCCCCAAAUGUGCUGCAUAUUUGAUUUUCCCAAAUUAAUUAUAAAUGCUAGAAACUGUUGAUUA